CGGGGGAGGAGGGGGAGCAGCGCCGCCGCCGCGGCCGGGCCCGUCCCCCACCGGCUCCCCCGAACACCAUAGGCGGCUCCGGCACCAAGAUGUCCAACCGGGUGCUCUGCCGGGAGGCCAGCCACGCCGGCAGCUGGUACACUGCCUCAGGACCCCAGCUGAAUGCACAACUAGAAGGCUGGCUUUCUCAAGUACAGUCCACAAAGAGACCUGCUAGAGCCAUUAUUGCACCCCAUGCAGGUUAUACCUAUUGUGGAUCUUGUGCAGCCCAUGCUUACAAGCAAGUAGAUCCUAAUAUUACCCGAAAAAUUUUCAUUCUUGGGCCUUCCCAUCACGUGCCCCUUUCCCGAUGUGCACUUUCCAGUGUGGACAUUUAUAGAACGCCUCUGUACGAUCUCCGAAUUGACCAAAAGAUUUAUGGAGAACUGUGGAAGACCGGAAUGUUUGAGCGUAUGUCUUUACAGACAGAUGAAGAUGAACACAGUAUUGAAAUGCAUUUGCCUUAUACUGCUAAAGCCAUGGAAAGCCAUAAGGAUGAGUUUACUAUUAUUCCUGUGUUGGUCGGAGCACUGAGUGAGGCAAAAGAGCAGGAAUUUGGAAAACUCUUCAGUAAAUACCUAGCUGAUCCUAGUAACCUCUUUGUGGUUUCUUCUGACUUUUGCCAUUGGGGUCAGAGGUUCCGUUACAGUUACUAUGAUGAAUCCCAAGGAGAAAUUUAUAGAUCCAUUGAGCACCUAGAUAAAAUGGGUAUGAACAUUAUAGAGCAGCUAGAUCCUGUAUCUUUUAGCAAUUACUUGAAGAAAUACCAUAAUACAAUAUGUGGAAGACAUCCUAUUGGCGUAUUAUUAAAUGCUAUCAAUGAGCUCCAGAAGAAUGGAAUGAAUAUGAGCUUUUCAUUUUUGAAUUACGCUCAAUCAAGCCAGUGUCGAAACUGGCAAGACAGCUCAGUGAGUUACGCAGCUGGAGCACUUAUGGUUCACUGAACUGCUGAAUGCUCAGGGAUGGCACCUGCACACAUUCUGUAUACGGGGUCCCAGCCUAGCCCUUACAAAGAUACAGUCCCUGGUCUUUGGGUAUACUGAAACCUCAAACUAAUAGAACUUCUUUUCUAGUAGGUGUAGUCCUUCCUUAGUUUCAACUCAUUUAAAAAUGCUUUCUUGUUUAGGACGAUGGAAGGAAGAGUGGUAUCAAAACGUUGUGUGAUUUUUAGGAAAGAUAAUAGCUGUGAAGGCAUGGGUGGCAGACAGUCCUUACAAGUGCGACAUGUAAAGCAUUUACCAUAUCCUAAAUUUGCACUCUUUGCAGACCUGUGCACAUGUACUCAGCUUUCAGAAUAGUUUUGCAAGUUGUAAAUGGGGAAAAAAAGGAGUGGAAGCUUUUUAAUAAAAGGAAAAAAGGAAAACAACGCAUUUAUAAAUGAUCCUGUAUUAGAAUAUAAUAAAACUCCAGUAUAGUCAGUUACUACCCGUGAUGUACAACAGAUAUCUUCUAUUUUAGUUGCUAAUAAAGGGCUACACAAACCAAAA